CUUCCUUCUCACAGCAGACACUCUCACUGAGCGAGUGCGCACGCGUCAAGUUGCGCAUGCGCCCUGCACACCGGACAGGGACGCAGGUCUUGCAGUGACAGACGGUGCUCCUCGUUCCGUGUCCAGCUGCUGGACAGGCUAAAGCUUUUUACCGAAAAUCCAGCCUUUUGUGGCUGUCACGGUUUUACAGCUGGAUUUGGUCCAGUAUGGCGGCAGACGGAUGGAAAUACUGAUGACAGUCCGAAAGAUCGCCUCGAUAUGUACGAUGGGCGCCAAUGCCUCAGCUUUGGAGAAGGAGAUUGGACCAGAACAGUUCCCCGUAAAUGAACACUACUUUGGUCUAGUUAAUUUUGGCAACACCUGCUACUGUAACUCAGUGCUGCAGGCUCUGUAUUUCUGUCGUCCAUUCCGGGAGAAAGUGCUGGCCUACAAGGUGCAACCUCGGCGUAAAGAGAGCCUGCUCACCUGCCUGGCUGAUCUUUUCAACAGCAUCGCUACUCAGAAGAAAAAAGUGGGAGUCAUCCCUCCUAAGAAGUUCAUCUCACGCCUGAGGAAGGAAAACGAGUUGUUUGACAACUACAUGCAACAAGAUGCUCACGAGUUUCUCAACUACCUGCUCAACACCAUCGCCGACCUGCUGCAGGAGGAGAAGAGCCAAGAGCGGCAGCAGAACGGCAAGGUGGUUCAAAAUGGAGGAGGUGGAAGUGGGAGCAAUACUGGAGAGGCAGAAUCGGCCGAGAAGAAUCAACAGACGUGGGUGCAUGAGAUCUUCCAGGGCACACUGACCAACGAGACGCGCUGCCUCAACUGUGAAGCGGUUAGCAGUAAAGACGAGGAUUUUUUGGAUCUCUCUGUGGAUGUGGAGCAGAACACAUCCAUCACACACUGUCUCAGGGGCUUCAGUAACACAGAGACAUUAUGCAGCGAAUACAAGUACUACUGUGAGCAGUGUCGGAGUAAGCAGGAGGCACAGAAACGGAUGCGUGUGAAGAAAUUACCCAUGAUCCUCGCUCUGCACCUAAAGCGCUUUAAGUAUAUGGACCAGCUGCAUCGCUAUACCAAACUGUCCUACCGUGUGGUCUUCCCUCUGGAGCUGAGGCUCUUCAAUACCUCCGGUGACGCCACAAACCCCGACCGUCUCUAUGACCUUGUGGCUGUGGUGGUGCACUGUGGGAGUGGGCCAAAUCGUGGUCAUUACAUCACUAUAGUGAAAAGUCAUGGUUUCUGGUUGCUGUUUGAUGAUGAUAUUGUAGAGAAAAUAGAUGCCCAGGCGAUAGAAGAGUUCUACGGGCUGACGUCUGACAUUUCCAAAAACUCGGAGUCAGGCUACAUUCUCUUUUACCAGUCCAGAGACUGAGCUGAUGGCAGCGUGCGAAUGGGACCGCUUUGGCUUUAUGAAAGUCGGGCUGAGGCAGAAGGUGGGGCUUGGGCAACGGAAGUCCCCACUUCAGACCCUCUCAGACGAGCCUCGAGUCAUCCAGAUGAGCCUUUGCUCUGGAGCAGCCAGCAAACAGAAGGCAGGAGCAGUUGAUUCCAGAGCGAUGUGAGUGGCACAGUCAUCUCCAUACAGGCAUAAUGAAAGUCUGGAGGUUUUCAGUCAUCGGUCAUCCCACAGACACACACACGCCAUCAGUCAGCACAGAAAAUAAAUAACUCUUGAUGGCAUAUGGAAAAGGUUAUGGUAUAUGUAAAACCAGUGACAUGGAAUUCUGAUGGUUUGGCAUUCAUUUUUCUGCAUGACACUUUGCUUUAUGCUUUGUCACGGAGGUGUGUACUGUAAAAGCUAACGCUGUUUUGGCACAGAGAAGUUUAUGAUAAAAGUAAUUACCUGUAAACAUUUUGGUCGGAGACUCACUCUCUUUCACUAGACCUUCAUCAGCUGUAAAAACGCACCACACUCUGUGCCCACUAGGUAUCCGGCUAUGUAGAGUCAAGAGAUCAUAUUAUAUGUUGCAAUAAUAUGAUGCGCCUCAGCUGUAGCUCGGUGACCUGGUUUGGCUGGUUUAGAGUUGUAUUAUUUUACCGUUUUUUUUGUUUUUUUUUCUCUUUGAACUGACAUAAGCAAUCAUUUACUAGAUGCUAUUUGGGGGGAAAAAUGCCUGCGGGUUGCCAGCACUGUGGAGCAGAGAGGAUGUUGGGUACGGGCGCAGUGCAGCUUCUGUGGUUUAGUAAUAAGAUUGUUUGGAGUUUAGUGUUUGGGUUCGAGCCAUUUACUUUCAGACCAGCGAAUGCAGUGUUUUGAAUGUCACACAGUGCACACUUGGUGGAACACACACACUACGGCAGUGUGCGCUUUGUAGAAUAGAACAGAAAACUUGGAUUUAAUAAAGGCACACUUGGGUACAAGGGCAUCACUUGAUUAUUUUUUGCUAUUGUAGAAAGUUCUGUGUUGACGAUUCAGUUGAACGAGAGACUUUUUGUUUCACAAGAGAUCCAGACCUCACAUUUAAAGACCUGGAUAAUUCAUGACUUUAAAUGAGUAGCUAGAAUCUCACACACAUUAUCUCCAAGCGCUUUUGUUUCCUUCUCUUUGUACUCUGUAAAUGUUUAACUGGAUAUUUGUGGAGAAAGGAAGUGGAGCAAAGAACUGCGGGUCUUUUUUCUUUUUUGGUUGGUUGUUGGUGCGACCAGACACGUUUCCCAGAGCGGCCCAACUAAAUUUGCUGAAAAUGCAAAAGUGAAGAGUUAUGGGUUGCCAGAGGAGCUAAAUUCCCCUCAAUCAUUCCUGUCUGGAUUUCACAAACUCACUGAAGUGCAAAGAACAGCAUAGGCAUGUGACAGUAUGAGCUGUUUUUAAAUGCUCCUGUGCAUUUGCAGUAAUCCCAGUCUGAGAUCACUGGAGCAGAGAUACGUUUGGUAAAUAUAACCCCUGAUUGUUGUGGAGGCUUAUUUUUCUCUUUCCUUUCCAGCUUUGCUAGUAAACAUGUCCAAUCACGGACAUUAAGUGGGUGUGAGAAGUGAGUGUUGUCCCAUUCUGCUGGUUCCCAGCUGAUUAAUAGGCUCCGUGAGCCGACCUGUGGCUUAUAAACACGUCCACAGGAACAUGCACAUGCCAGAUAUUUUUUUUUAAAUGGUGGUAAUCUUCCACUGAAUGAGAGGCACAAAUGCCCUUAUAACAACCUUGUAGCUUAACAGCAUGUUUUCAUUUACUUCAGCAGCCCAUUGUUUUGUUCAUCCAGACUCCUCACCUACACGUUUGCACCGAGAUUUGGCCUCCAGGAGAAUUUCUAUCAACACGCGUGUUUCUCAAAUGCUUCUCAUUUCUUCUUAUCUGUAAGGGUUUUAAACUGCUGCUGACAAAUUUCCACAAAUCAUAUAGAAAUCUGUAUUCCAGCUCUUAUAAUGCUCGUAUAACAUGUUAUAAUUGGGUAAUAAGUACAGGAAUGUUGAUGCCACACUUUAAAGGAAUAUCCCAGUGUUUUUCAAAGCUGGUGUAUAUCACGUGUGUGAGAUUGCGGUGGAGAGGAUUUCUGACAUGCUUCUCCGGACUGAGAAAUAAAAACCAGACCUGUAUAAUGAUUUCUACUGGAAGUCCAAGGGAAGAAGUUCUUAUCUGUAGUAAAUGUACAUGUGCUCCAUAUCGUGGAAGACUGGGCUGAAAAACACUGCGAUUGGCGCGUGAUGUAAGGUGAAAUGUCAUCUUUAUACCUUUUUAUACUUCUUUUAUAGCAGCCUUAAUUGAGCUGUUAACAUUAAACCCACAGUAAACGGAUACAAUACUUAAAGUAAACAGAGUAACGGAAAGAUGUCUGAAAGUUGUUGUUUUUUUGUCAAUUUCAUAAGUUAUAUCAAGUUCUAGGUUUAUAUUUUCUUCUAUAUGUUUUGUUAAUUAAUUCUUUCAUACGAAAUGCAACUGGCGAUGACUGAUUAAAAAUGUCUGACUCUUUUAAGCUGCAACCCACUGAUCAAAGUGAAUGAAUGUUGAUUAUUUUGCAUUUAAAGCCAGUUUGCAGACAUCAGUGUAACGCAGCACCGAAGUCCGCUGAGUCAUGUGAUCACCCACCUCCCCAAACCACUGCCCGUCAAUGUUGCACUUUCGACAAUAUACAGAUUGUAAAAGGAGAUGUGAAGUGUAUGGAGUAAAUAAAAAAAGAUGCUGUUGGUUCUCAAUAAAAGCAACAAAAAAAAUCUA